AUGUCUAGUCGAUCUGAUCUUCCGUCCUCAUCUGCCCAACUUCAGCAGCAGUGUGUCUCACCUCGUCAACAUCUGUAUAAAAAAAAGAAUUCAGAUUGGAAAACUGAGUUACGGCAGAAAUUUUUGCGACAUUUACAAGUGGGUCGUCAAAGAUUUUUCGAUCGUCGACGUAAUGAACAUAAAUCUUUGAAUGAAAAAAUGCUGAUCGAUAAAAUAAUACAAGAUGAAAUCUGCAGUUUGAAAUCAUCCGAACAUAUUACUGAUAGUGAAUUAAAUGAUGCAAUUCAAGAAUAUGAACAAUUUCGAGAUGACUUCAUCCAACAACAAAUAGAAGAUAUGAUUAUUAAUGAACAAGAACAGCUGCAAGAUUUGAUUAAAGCAGAAGAUUCGGUUUUAUGUCCAGGAUGUCAGAGCAAGUAUGAGAUUCAUGCCUUCAAUACAUUUCUUGGGUUUUCUUAA